CACACACACACACGUAAUUAGGAUGCUUUGACUGAGCAUAAUCAGUAGCCGUGUUCCAUCAGUAUACGUUUAUUUAUAGUUGUCCAGCUAAAAACGACAAACGGAGUGUAGCUAAUUAUGCAUUUUACGCCUGUCUAGUUCUAAUCUUCUGCCUAAAGCACUAUGCCUGAUUUGGUUAUUUUUCAAUAUGGACAACUGAUUCUGGACUGAUGGACAACUUUCCAUCUGCUAUUCCAUGCAUUUCGUUUUAUCAAGAUCGAGUGUUCAUGUGAGAUCAUGGACCUGCCCAUUAAACCUGGCGCCAAUCAAGUGGCAGACGUGGUGUUCGUCAUCGAAGGAACUGCAAACCUCGGCCCCUAUUUUGAAUCCCUCAGAAAACAUUACAUACUACCUGCAAUCGAGUACUUCAAUGGAGGCCCUCCAGCAGAGACAGACUUUGGAGGAGAUUAUGGAGGCACACAGUAUGGUCUUGUUGUGUUCAACACAGUGGACUGUGCUCCUGAAUCCUACGUCCAGUGUCACGCACCAACCAGCUCGGCCUUUGAGUUUGUCUCGUGGAUUGACAGCAUCCAGUUCAUGGGAGGAGGAGCAGAGAGCUGUAGUCUCAUCGCAGAGGGUCUGUCUGUGGCCUUGCAGCUCUUUGAUGACUUCAAAAAGAUGAGGGAGCAAAUAGGUCAGACACACAAAGUCUGUGUGCUGCUGUGUAACUCUCCGCCAUACCUGCUCCCUGCCGUGGAGAGUGUCAGCUAUACGGGCUGCACUGCAGAUAAUCUGGUCAAGAUCAUCAGAGAUAGAGGGAUUCAUUUUUCUGUAGUGUCGCCACGGAAACUGCCAGCGUUACGGGCGCUGUUCGACAGGGCGUCACCAGUCGGGGGACAGGUCGACCCCCACCCAGACUACAGCCAAGACCCCUUCCACAUGAUCCUGGUUAGGGGUAUCUCACUUCCUGUGUCAUCAGGGGGAGGAUCGGGCCCUCUCAAACCAAUUCUACCCCCUCAACCCCUGCCUGUCAGUCAGCCUCCUCUUGGUCCCGCCUCGCAGGCUCCUCCACCAAUAAGCACGGCCCAUCCAUAUCAGCCCCCACCUUCCCUUAACGCGGCCCAGGCAGCUGCACAGAUGGCUGUAGAGGCAGCCAACAACCAGAAGAGUCGCUUCCCAGGCAUGGUCAAUCCUGGUCCCCCAUUCAGCGGUCAGUCAACUCUCCCAUCUGUAGCAGGAGUGAAGUUGGCUCCCUCCAGUCAGCCCAGCCUAUCCACAGUCACCAUAGUUUCCACACCCAUGUUGCCUCAGCAACAAGCCCCUCCCCCACAGCAGCAACAAGUCCAGCCGCCGGGACAACCACAGCCCAAUCAGCAGCAGCCAGUGCCCCCUCAGCAGCAGCAGCCCACAGCCAGUCAGCAGACGCCCCCAUCCUCACAGCCUGGCAUGCCUGGUGUGUCUGCAGCCCAGGCAAAUCCGAUUGGGGGGCAGCAGCAAGGCGUUGCCAAUAAGAUUGUAGCAUGGAGUGGAGUAUUGGAGUGGCAAGAGAAGCCCAAAGCCUCGUCUAUGGAUUCCAAUACCAAACUCACUCGCUCCCUGCCCUGCCAGGUGCAAGUCAACCAAGGAGAGAACCUAAAUGCCGACCAGUGGCCACAGAAGCUCAUCAUGCAAUUGAUCCCACAACAGCUACUGACAACACUCGGUCCCCUCUUCAGAAACUCUAGAAUGGUUCAGUUUCUCUUCACCAACAAAGAUGUGGAGUCACUAAAAGGUCUUUAUCGUAUCAUGGCCACUGGAUUUGCGGGGUGCGUCCACUUCCCCCACAGCGCCCCCUGUGAGGUGCGGGUGCUCAUGCUGCUCUACUCCUCCAAGAAGAGGAUUUUCAUGGGCCUCAUCCCCAACGACCAGAGUGGCUUCGUCAACGGCAUCCGACAGGUCAUCACCAACCACAAACAGGUCCAGCAGCACCGCUCGUUAGGUUCAGGAGGGCCGAUGCCAGGGCCACCUGGCCAGGUUCAACCCAAUCAGAACUUCCUCAACCGGCCGCAGGGGCCCAUGCCUGUCUCCCAUGGCAACGUGCAGCAGCAGAUGACGAUGAGAGCAUCCGGCGCACCUAAUCAGCAGCCACCUGUCACCGGUGCUCCGCCCAACCAGGUCGCUCAGGGUGGACAGGCCCCGCCCCAGGGUGCCAUGCUCCGCCUUCCAAACCCAGGAGCCAAUCCGCAGCUGCGCAGUCUCCUCCUCAGCCAACAGCAGCCACAGGGUGGUGUUGGUCACAUGCAGGGCAUGAUGCCUCACCAGGGGCUGGGAGGGCAGCUGGUCCACCCUACUCCAGGAGCGGGCCCCCAAAUGCAGGCCCAGUGGAGACAGCCCCUGGCAGGUCAGAUGAUGAUGGCUGCUGGUCAGAGGGGCCCUGGAGCCCAGCCCCCCGGGAUGCCCCAGGUGUCUUCCGUCAUGGAGGACGAGAUUCUCAUGGACCUUAUUUGAGUUUGGACCCAAAAAGACUACAUCCCCCAGCAACCAGCAUUUUCAGUUUCAUCAUGGGGGCAGACUGGGAGAUGUAGUUUUCCUAGUUUCUACUCUGGCUUUCUUUUAUUUUAUAUCAAAAGUUUGUACUGUAGAGUUAUUGGAGAUGAGGGGAGGACAAGGCAGCACCCACUCUCAUACAUAUGCACACACACACACAAACACACACCCUAUCACACACCUAAUGAAGCCAACGCAAUGGGAGGACAGUGUUCAUUACACUGUUGUGUGCUUGUAUGGAAACCUGUUUUGCAUUAAUUUAAUUGUUUAUAUGAAAUGUAUUUUUUAUUGAGAUUUAACUUUUUCUGAAGUUGUGUUUUUGAGCUAUAUUACAUUGUUUUAUUGAGAUGAAAUACAUACAUUUUUUCAAGGA